UGAUCUAGUGUCCUGAGGACAUGAUGUGCCAUUUUGACUUAGUGUUUUCAUUUCCCUAUUUAAAUCCCGUAGGCGAAGUAGUAGGGAUGGUGAUGAAACUUCACCUUCCAGCUGUAGGACAGCUGAUAAGGUUUCAAGGACUGAAUACCCCAAGUAAAAACAUCGGUUCCGUCUUCGGUCGUCACUCGUCAGUCGUGAGCCUCCUUCCAACGGUGAAGGUCCCAACAGUCAAGUAUUUGCUGGCAGAUUGUUUUCUAGGAAAAUGCUGAGAAAUUUUCGUGCUGUCAUUCUCGGAGCGCCCGGCUCAGGAAAAGGUACCAUCUCGUCAAGGAUCGUCCGUAAAUUUGAAAUGAAACACAUAUCGAGCGGUGAUCUGCUUAGAAAUAAUAUAAUCAAUAAAACCCCUUUGGGCCUGGAGGUCAAAAAGUACAUGGAUAAGGGCCAACUGGUGCCGGACGAGGUUGUGAUCGAACUUGUCCUAGAAGAAAUAGACAAGAGUCAGGACACGAGCUGGCUCCUAGACGGUUUCCCCAGAACGAAACCCCAGGCGCAGACCUUGUUGAUGAAGUCUCCCAUCGAUGCAGCUAUCAACUUGAUAGUACCGUUUGAUGUAAUCAUCGACAGAAUUGAAAAGCGCUGGGUCCACCUGCCUAGCGGUCGGGUGUACAACACAGAUUUCAAUCCUCCGAAAACCCCUGGGGUGGAUGAUAUCACUAGUGAGAAACUGCAACAGAGAGAUGACGACAAUCCGGUCUCUGUACAGAAACGCCUUGAAAUUUAUGCCAAGACAUUCGGACCUCUCUUAGACUUUUACAGAGAAGAAGGUAUACUGGAAGAGUUCUCUGGUAACACUUCUGAUGAAAUAUGGCCUAUGGUGUACAAAUACUUACGUCACUAUCUUACACCAAUUACUCAAGACCUUAAAGUUUAAUCAGACCCAUUUUAACAGGAGAGCACUAUGAAAACAAUCGCCAGCAAAUAUUCAUUAUUAUUCAGGUUGUGAGAUGAACUGACUUUCAGUUCAACAAUGAUGACUGUAAGUAUUUAGAUGAGUAUUUCAUAGACUAGAUUGCUGAGCAAUUAUUGGUAGAUGAAUAGAUAAAUAAGAAUGGUGUUGGAUAUGAAUGUUAUACUAUUGUUACAGUUAUUUAGACAUGUAUUAGCAAAUGUUAGCAUUUAAGUGUGAUAUGAUGAAUUAUGUCGCUGGACAUAUUCACUAGUCAGGAAUUCAGUGAAGUAUCAUGAUGACAGUGCUGCUCAAAAAUAUAUUAGAGAACAAUUAAUUUGUAUUUUCUACAUUGGCACUCAAAUAGCUGUACACUGACAGAGAAAAUUUCUCCUUGGUUAUUUUAUAUAUUCAUAUCAUCUUAUUUAUUUUUCCUAUGACUGUGUAUCAUACAUGAUAAACUUCGAGACCUCACAAGAUGAUAGUUCAUAGCUUUUAUUGUCUUUCAUAGGAUAAAAUAUUGUCCUCAUUUAAAAAUUAUUAAAACUUCCUAUUUGUCAUUUUCUAUUAUAUUGUACAGCAACAUUGUUUCAUUGUGAAAAACAGUCUACAUGUUGAAACUAGAUAGUUGCGAAUCAUCCUGGUUUGUUGAUUUUGUCUGUCAGAAAAAUGUUGGAUUUCACCAACUUUAUUAAUGAUCAGCCAAAUUGCUUCUGACAUAAAUGCUAUGCUAGGAUAAUUACAAUCAAGUUUCAAUCUGUGUCAACAGGGUUUCUUUCAAGUUUGUGAAAAAACAAAAAAACAAAAAAUAUACUCUUGUGAUGGUCAUGACAAAAAUAAAUUUACUUUUAUCAACAAUGCUUUAAAAAUAAGUCCGAUUGUACUGAAGGACAUGUGAAGGAUGGGAAAUAAAAGUAAAAUGUGUUUUAACUGUCAAUAUAUCAUUCUGUAAUCACUAUUAUUGUUUUAAUAUUAAAUCAAAGGACAACUUUACUGCACAAUACUUAAUUUAUAAUAAGUCAAAAAUAUCCGAGGAGAGGUUUAAAUAGUUCAGUAUUUUUAUACAAUUAAUAAUGUUUUAUAUAUUUAAACAAUAAACUUUUAAGUCAAAUGAAAAUGAUAGAUAAAUAGUAUUAAACAUUGUACUAACUGAAAGUUAGAUUUGAAGUUCUCCAUCAUUGUGUCUCACUAAUCUCUAGUCUUUUUAUCUUUAGCAAACAUAUUUCAAUAUAAUGCAGUGAUAAUAGCGCCAAAAAAUAAAUAUUUAUAUUUUGAUAUACUUCAGUAUUUUGGAUUAUAAUUAGCUUAUAGUACCACCAAGUAUAUGAACUGAAACUCAGAAAGUAUUAUAAAUUAUUUUUCAAAGAAUUUUUGAU